AUGUCCGACGACGCCUACAUGAGCUUCCUGAACAAAGCCAACGCGGACCUGGACACCGCGCGAGCUCAACAAGCCCAGGACUCCCCCACCGUCCGUACCGAAACAGUCGAAACAGGCGUCAGCGUCCCAGCUCCACUGACAUCAGUCGACGCCUACUACAUCUCUGAAACCGAUGAACCGUUCGAACCCGUCGCACUGCGAUGGGAUGGCGCAUCUAGAGGAAUCUUCCCCGAUGCUUCGCAUCUAUCGAAUCUGAUCUCGCCGAAUGCGGAUCUUUCAUCCUCGAUUACUACGCUAUCACCAUCUUCUUUUGAUCCCAGGAAUCAGUACCCGUCUGCGUUGCGCGCGGUUCGCGCCGCUGCUGCGGAAUCCUCUGGGGGUGAUGAGUCGGCGGUGGAUGUGAAGGUUUUUCGGGUUGAGGUUGGGCCGUCGCGGAUUGAGUAUUAUAUUCUUGCGGUGGAUGCUGAGAAGUCGUUGGUUGUGGGGUUGAGGACGAAGGCUGUUGAGACUUAG